UUUGACACUUGACGUUUGUAAUGCGGCAUUUUUAGAUGAUUGUGUUUCUGUGGUUUGAACGAAAUACGUUUACGUGAAAUAUAAACUAAAUAAGAGACAGAACAGGAGCACAAUUUGAUUCUUCAAGCACCAACAAAUUAGACCAUAUUACAAUGGACUCCGAUUUGUAUGACGAAUUUGGUAACUAUAUCGGUCCCGAUUUGGAGAGUGACGAUGAUGAUGACAAAAGUCUGUACGGACAAUCCGAUCAACAGGACGAGCCCGAUGACGAUAUUAUGGAGGAAGAUGAAGUCGAUCAUGACGACGAUAAAACGUCAAGAGCGGUUGUGCUUCACGAAGACAAACGUUAUUACCCCACGGCUUUAGAGGUGUACGGGCCUGACGUUGAAACGAUUGUUCAAGAGGAAGAUGCACAGGCACUGGAUAAGCCGCUAAUUGAACCGGUCAAGAAAAUGAAAUUUCAGCUCAAAGAACAAGACCUGCCUGAAACAACAUACGAAAUGGAAUUUCUUGCCGAUUUGAUGGACACACCACCGUUGAUCAGAAAUGUCGCGUUAGUGGGCCAUCUGCAUCAUGGCAAAACAACGUUCGUUGACUGUUUAGUUCGUCAAACCCAUCCACAGUUCGAUUGUACCGAAGAACGAGCGCUCCGGUACACAGACACCUUGUUCACCGAACAGGAGAGAGGUGUAAGCAUUAAAUCCAUCCCGAUCACGUUGGUGCUGCCGGAUAUAAAGAACAAGAGCUAUUUGAUGAACAUUUUCGAUACACCGGGUCACGUCAAUUUUUCCGACGAAGCAACGGCUGCUAUCCGACUGACCGAUGGUAUUGUACUCUUUGUCGAUGCUGCCGAGGGUGUCAUGUUGAACACAGAACGACUACUGAAACAUGCGGUGCAGGAGAGAAUGGCUGUAACCGUUUGCAUUAACAAAAUUGAUCGAUUGAUUUUGGAGCUGAAGUUACCGCCGCAAGACGCCUAUUUCAAAUUGAAGCACAUUGUCGAAGAGAUCAACAGUCAUCUCAGUCUUCACACCGGAGACACUCAAUACCAAGUAUCGCCAGUCAUGGGAAACGUGUGCUUCGCGAGCUCGUUGUACGGUUUCUGCUUUACACUGAAAUCAUUCGCUAAAUUGUAUGCCGAUACGUACCCAGGAUUGAGCUACACAGAUUUUGCCAAGCGGCUGUGGGGUGACAUUUAUUUCCAACCGAAAACACGAAAAUUCACAAAGAAACCGCCACACAAUUCGGCGCAACGCAGUUUCGUUGAAUUCAUUCUCGAGCCGAUGUACAAACUGUUUGCUCAGGUGGUUGGAGAUGUCGACGCAUCCUUGCUGGACACGUUAGCAGAGUUGAAUAUUCGUGUGACAAAAGAGGAAAUGAAAAUCAACAUUCGUCCCUUGUUGCGAUUGAUUUGCAAUCGCUUCCUGGGCGACUUUAGCGGUUUUGUGGAUAUGUGUGUGGAGCACAUCAAAUCGCCGAUGGACAAUGCAAAGAAUAAAAUCGAUCACAUUUAUACCGGUCCGAAGGAGGGCAUUCUUUAUGACAACAUGGCAUCUUGUAAUCAAUACGGAAAUUUGAUGGUACACAGUGCCAAAAUGUAUCCCACGGAUGACUGCACAUUCUUCCAGGUGCUGGCCCGUGUCAUGAGUGGCACAUUGCAUUCGGAGCAAGAAGUACGAGUACUCGGUGAAAAUUAUUCACUGUCGGAUGAGGAAGACUCGCGCGUUUUGCAAGUUGGAAGAUUGUGGAUAUUUGAAGCUCGGUACAAAGUGGAAUUGAAUCGAGUUCCGGCCGGUAAUUGGGUUCUAAUUGAAGGUAUCGAUCAGUGUAUCGUCAAGACAUCAACCAUAACCGAAGCCCAAAAUACGGAAGAUUUGUACAUUUUCCGACCGUUGAAGUACAACACUCAGAGCAUCAUCAAAAUUGCUGUCGAGCCUGUCAACCCGUCAGAAUUACCGAAAAUGUUGGAUGGUCUGAGGAAGGUGAACAAAUCGUACCCACUACUGUCGACCAGAGUUGAGGAGUCUGGCGAACAUGUGAUCCUUGGCACCGGUGAAUUAUACUUGGAUUGUGUUAUGCACGACCUGAGAAAGAUGUACUCGGAAAUCGACAUAAAAGUUGCCGAUCCGGUCGUUGCGUUUUGUGAAACAGUUGUGGAAACGAGUUCGUUGAAAUGUUUUGCAGAAACUCCCAACAAGAAAAACAAAAUCACGAUGAUUGCCGAACCAUUAGAGAAGGGCCUGGCAGAGGACAUAGAAAAUGAGGUGGUGUCGAUCGGCUGGAAUAAGAAACGAUUGGGCGAAUUCUUCCAAAUUAAUUACGAUUGGGAUCUGUUGGCUGCUCGGUCUAUUUGGGCUUUUGGUCCUGAUGCAGCUGGUCCUAAUAUUUUAGUGGAUGACACAUUACCGUCAGAGGUAGAUAAGACGCUACUGUCAUCGGUUAGAGAUUCCAUCGUACAAGGUUUUCAAUGGGGUACAAGGGAAGGACCUCUAUGCGAAGAGCCGAUCAGAAAUGUCAAAUUCAAAAUUCUCGACGCCGUCAUUGCUAAUGAACCACUACAUCGGGGUGGAGGUCAAGUGAUUCCAACUGCACGACGUGUUGCUUAUUCGGCAUUUUUGAUGGCUACGCCUCGGCUCAUGGAACCAUAUUUGUUCGUCGAAGUUCAAGCACCGGCUGAUUGUGUUUCCGCAGUAUAUACGGUACUAGCCAGACGAAGAGGUCACGUCACACAAGAUGCACCCAUUUCCGGUUCACCAUUGUACACAAUCAAAGCAUUCAUUCCAGCCAUCGAUUCAUUUGGUUUUGAAACUGAUCUGCGAACACAUACCCAGGGACAAGCAUUUUGUCUGUCCGUAUUCCAUCAUUGGCAAAUUGUACCUGGCGAUCCGUUGGACAAAAGCAUUGUCAUUCGACCGUUAGAACCACAACCGGCUACACAUUUGGCACGUGAAUUCAUGAUCAAGACCAGGCGUCGAAAAGGUUUAUCCGAAGAUGUGUCGAUCAACAAAUUCUUCGACGAUCCUAUGUUGCUGGAAUUGGCCAGACAGGACGUUUUACUGAACUAUCCGCUGUAAAAUGAUCACAACAGCUGGUAACAUUUCGCAUCAACACUUUAUUUCAAUUGAAAAAAAAAACAGUUUUCCCCGUGUGAUUGUACAAACAAUGAUUGGAAUAAACAUUCGGUUUCGAAUACAUAAGUGGAA